CAAACUGCCGGCAGGUUGGGAGAGCAGCAGGUCAUCCACAAAAAUCUGCCCUGCAGCCCCCCAUAAGCCAGCUGCUUAUAUAAGAAUCCAAAGGUCUGGCUGGCGUAGCACCUCCUGUGCACCCAGUUCACACCCUGCUGGGCAAAGGAGGAAAAGCCAGGGGAGCCUUCGAUGACUGGAAACACCAGGUAACAGGACAGGAAGCUCUGCUCAGGCCAGCAGCCACCAUUACCUACUUAGGAAGCCUGUGGCUCGAACCACAGCUCCUGGAAAAUCCCACGUACCCUGUGACGCCGCAAGCCCCAGGGAUGAGCCUGCUCAAGCUGCUGCUUUUCCUGGCCCACUGGGGAGUCGCCAGGGCUGGACCAGGGAGGUUCUGGCACAUCUCUGACCUGCACCUGGACCCUGACUACAAGGUGUCCACAGACCCCCUCCAGGUCUGCCCCUCAGCUGGCUCCAGGCCGGUGUACAACUCGGGGCCCUGGGGUGACUACCUCUGUGACUCUCCCUGGGUCCUCAUCAACUCCUCCAUCCACGCCAUGAAGGAGAUCGAGCCGGAGCCAGACUUCAUCUUCUGGACAGGGGACGACACCCCUCACGUGCCCAACGAGAGGCUGGGAGAAGCAGCUGUGCUGAAAAUUGUGGGACGCCUGACCAGUCUCAUCAGAGAGGUCUUCCCAGAUACUAAAGUAUACGCUGCUUUGGGAAAUCAUGACUUUCACCCCAAAAGCCAGCUCCCAGCAGGGAGCAACAGCAUCUACAAUCAGAUAGCAGAACUAUGGAGACCCUGGCUCAAUAAUGAAUCCAUUGCUCGCUUCAAAGAAGGUGCGUUCUAUUCUGAGAAGUUGCCGGGGACGACUGGGCGUGUUGUGGUCCUCAACACCAAUCUGUACUAUACCAGCAAUGAGCAGACGGCCAGCAUGGCUGACCCUGCCCAGCAGUUCCAGUGGCUGGAAGAUGUGCUGAGCAACGCGUCCAGAGCUGAGGAAAAGGUGUACAUCAUUGGCCACGUGCCCCCGGGGUUCUUUGAGAAGAAAGGGAACAAAAUGUGGUUCCGGGAGGGAUUCAACGAGAAGUACCUGAAGGUGGUCCAGAAGCACCAUCGAGUCAUCGCAGGGCAGUUCUUCGGGCACAACCACUUGGACAGCUUUCGGAUGUUCCACGAUGACGCAGGUGCCCCCAUCAGUGUCAUGUUCCUGACACCUGGAGUCACCCCAUGGAAAACCACAUUACCUGGAGUGGUCAAUGGGGCCAACAAUCCAGGCAUCCGAGUGUUCGAAUACGACCGAGCCACGCUGAGCCUGCAGGACAUGAUGACUUACUUCAUGAACCUGAGCCAGGCGAACGCGCAGGGAACAGCGCGCUGGGAGCUCGAGUACCAGCUGACCAAGGCCUUCACGGUGCCCGAUGCCAGCGCCCGCUCCAUGCACGAUGUGCUGGGCCGCAUCGCCAGCGACCAGGGCACGCUGCAGCGCUACUACGUCUACAACUCGGUCAGCCUCGACACGCGGGCCUGCGACGAGAUCUGCCGCGCCGAGCACGUGUGCGCGCUGCGGGAAGUGGCCUUGGACCCCUACACCACCUGCCUGCGCGGCCCCGCCGCUGCUCCCGGGCCGGGGCUCGGGCUCCCGCUCCUGCUGGCCGCGCAGCUAGGCCUGAGCGCGUUGCUCGCGUGGUGACCCGGGGUGCCGCCCGCUGGAUCGCUGGGCGUGCCUUCCUCUGGGUGCAUUGGGGCCAGCGUCACCCAUUGAGGGCUGGACUUUUUCAUUUUCCCGGCGUCCGCAGAGUGAACGGGGAUGGGGCAGCCGGAUCAGGAAAGAAGCCCAAAGACCCUACCACAAGCUCAUUCCUUCCAAGUUCACGUUUUACAGUAUUAAAAAGGCUCAUGAUGUGUCUUAUUAUGUGCA